AUGCCUUCGCCUGAGAAGCUUGGUCCUUCAACUUCUUGUGAAUCUUCUUUCCAGACAGCCAACUCAUGGCUGCAGUCGUGCUGUGACAACCACUCCUCCUGCGCUCGGUAUUCAACCACUUCUACCAAGUGGCAUCCAACCAGAUUAAUCGAUCUCGGCCCUGAAGGGUCCGCCUAUUGGAGGUUUCGAGAUACGACGCGCGACGGUCCAGUUUCAUCGGAGGAAGCCUAUAUAGCGCUCAGUUACCGCUGGGGCCAGACACCUAGUAUUCUCCUGCUUACCUCCACAAUAGAUGAUUUCUUUAGAGGCCGCCCAAUACAAAACCUCCCUCGGACUUUCCGGGAGCUUGCGCUGGUUGCACGAAGGUUUUCAGUUCGAUAUAUAUGGAUUGAUGCUCUUUGCAUAAUUCAGGACUCGAAAGAGGAUUGGGAUGUGCAAGCCCUCACAAUGAGACAAGUCUAUUCGAACGCGCUGUGCACAGUCGCAGCCUCGGCAUCGAGUGAUGAAGAAGGGGGCUUGUUUCGUGAGAGGACCCCGUCAGACAUCCUCCCAGCGGCUAUAGAUUUGUCUAUUAACGAGCACGGGAGCUCCCAAAGAUUUUGCGUGUAUGAGAGGGACUAUUGGGACAAGAACAUUUUCGCGGGUCCCCUACACAAAAGAGGAUGGGUCUUCCAGGAGCGACACCUGUCUCCACGGGUGUUAUACUUUGGCGAAUCUCAAAUACUGUGGGAAUGCUUCAAUGAGGCCAAGUGCGAGGGGUUUCCGGGGGGGACUCCUUUCUAUUGGUCUAACAAAAACCUCUACGCCUUGUGGGACCAGCAAGAUGGAAAGAAGACAUUGCCAGCAGCUGACCACGAGUUUCAGGGCGCCAUGCCUCUGCACAUAUACUCUUUUUGGCGAGACCUUGUGAAAGCCUACAGCCAAUGCAAUUUGACUAAGAUGUCUGACAAGUUGCCAGCCUUCGCCGGAAUCGCCAAGGUCUUCCAAGAGACCACGGACGAUGAGUAUCUGGCUGGGCUGUGGCGUACCCGGCUCCUUGAGGGUCUCGAUUGGAGAGUGGAAGAACCCGCCCCCAGGUCCUGCGACGAUUAUCGAGCUCCAUCAUGGUCCUGGGCUUCAAUAGACGGGCCUGUCAAGCCUAUGCUUCCGGGAGCGAUAUCGGAACACCUUUUGGAGGUGGUCGACGCCCAGGUCAAACCAAAAGGAGUGGACAUGAUGGGAGAAGUGACCAGUAGUCGAUUAGUGGUGCGUGGAGCAGUGACUUCUGUGAUGAUUGACACUGUAAAAGAUGACGAGUAUUCUGUAUCAAUCCUUUCGAAUGGCCGCUAUCUUCGGGUCAAACUUCGCCUUUGCUUCGACAGUCAAGGCGAUGAAUUCUCCGAGAACCAGGCCAUUUACAUACUUCCUCUCAACUCACGAUUGGCCGGUUACCCUCCUGUACAUCAUUCAGAAGUUAUGUUUUUGGUUGUGGAACCAGUUACAUCAGGUCAAACACUGCUUUUCCGCAGAAUGGGAUAUUUCACCUCCGUAGAUGGAGAGUUUCUACAGUGCCUUGGCUUUUCGGAUAGGGGCGACGGGCUGAUGGUCUUGAGGUUUAAAAGUGACAUUCUUACUAUUGUCUGA